GUGGAGGCAGCCCCGACCUGGCAGCUGCGGUAGCGGCUUUGAGUGAGUGCGGGAGCUGCAGUUACCGAGGCGCUGCGACUGCCGCAGGAGGAGUCGCAGCCAAACUCGCCGCGACGCCGGGUGGGAGCGUCCCGGGAAGGAGAGGGAGAGGAGGCACUCGCUGAGGAGACCCCGCAGUAGAGGGCGCCUCCGGAGUCGCGCCGAACCUGGUCAUGCAGGCGACGCCCCCCAGGGGCCGCUCGCGGCUGGACGGGAGCGGGAGGAGUCGGGGAGCGGCGGUCGAGCCCGGCAGGAUGAGCGACGAGGGCGGCUCCAACUUCAGGCGGGUGGCGAUCCGGCGGAAGUCCAACCCCUCCUACCUGCCGCCCGGGGUGCCCCGGCCCUGGAGCAGGCCCGCGUCGCACCUGGGACGUGUAGGGACCGCUGCCUUCAAGGGCCAGGUGCCCUCAGGAGCCACAGGCAGCAGUACCUGUCCAAAGAUCGCUUUAGUUCCACCUUGCUCCACAAGCAGCACAACCACACUGGUUGGUGAGAAUGUAUCUGAAGAAGAGGCUCAGGGAAUAAAUGGGAACAGGCCAGCAAAACACUCAGCUGCAAGUCCAAAGCCACAAGUGCCUCCAAAGCCAUUACACCUGCAGAAUUCACCUUCGUCCAAUAUACACCAAACCCCCAGGCAUAAAGCUUUACCUAGUGCAAAACCAAGGAUGGAGGAAAUUAAACCUGCCUCUGCUUCUUGUGUCUCAAAAGAAAAACCCAGUAAGGUAUCAGAUCUCAUCAGUCGCUUUGAAGGAGGCAGCUCAUUAUCAAAUUAUAGUGAUUUGAAGAAAGAGUCUGCUGUGAACCUAAAUGCUCCUAGAACCCCAGGAAGGCGUGGAUUGACAACCACACCUCAACAAAAACUCCUCUCCCAGCACUUGCCACAGAGGCAGGGAAAUGAUACAGAUAAGACUCAGGGUGCACAGACUUGUGUGGCCAACGGUGUAAUGGCAGCACAAAACCAGAUGGAAUGUGAGGAGGAGAAAGCUGCCACUCUUAGCCCAGAUACUUCUAUUCAAGCUUCUGAACCCUUGCUUGAUACGCACAUAGUGAAUGGAGAAAGAGAUGAAACUGCCACAGCUCCUGCAUCACCCACAACAGAUAGCUGUGAUGGAAAUGCUUCUGACAGUAGCUACAGGACUCCAGGCAUAGGCCCAGUGCUCCCCCUAGAAGAAAGAGGGGCAGAAACAGAAACCAAGGUACAAGAGAGGGAAAAUGGGGAAAGCCCUCUGGAACUGGAGCAGCUGGACCAGCACCAUGAGUUGAAGGAGACUAAUGAGCAAAAACUUCACAAAAUAGCCAAUGAACUUUUGCUUACUGAAAGAGCUUAUGUCAACCGACUUGACCUCUUAGAUCAGGUAUUUUAUUGCAAACUGUUGGAAGAAGCAAACCGAGGCUCGUUUCCAGCAGAGAUGGUGAAUAAAAUCUUUUCUAAUAUUUCAUCAAUAAAUGCCUUCCAUAGUAAAUUCCUCUUGCCAGAGCUGGAGAAACGAAUGCAAGAAUGGGAAACUACUCCUAGAAUUGGAGACAUCCUUCAGAAAUUGGCACCAUUCCUUAAGAUGUAUGGAGAAUAUGUGAAAGGAUUUGAUAAUGCAAUGGAAUUGGUUAAAAACAUGACAGAACGUAUUCCCCAGUUCAAAUCAGUGGUUGAAGAAAUUCAGAAACAGAAAAUCUGUGGGAGCUUAACUUUGCAGCAUCACAUGCUAGAACCUGUUCAGCGGAUUCCCCGGUAUGAGAUGCUCCUUAAGGACUAUCUAAGGAAAUUGCCUCCUGAUUCCCUGGACUGGAAUGAUGCUAAAAAAUCACUUGAAAUUAUAUCUACAGCAGCAAGCCAUUCUAAUAGUGCAAUAAGGAAAAUGGAGAACCUAAAGAAACUCUUAGAGAUUUAUGAAAUGUUGGGAGAAGAAGAAGACAUUGUAAACCCUUCAAAUGAACUAAUAAAAGAAGGACAGAUCCUCAAACUAGCUGCUCGGAACACUUCAGCACAAGAACGCUACCUUUUCUUAUUCAACAACAUGUUGCUGUACUGUGUGCCCAAAUUCAGCUUGGUAGGCUCUAAAUUCACAGUUCGAACCAGGGUUGGCAUUGAUGGAAUGAAAAUUGUAGAGACUCAAAAUGAAGAAUAUCCACAUACUUUCCAGGUGUCUGGGAAAGAGAGAACUCUGGAACUGCAGGCCAGUUCUGCGCAAGACAAAGAAGAAUGGAUCAAGGCCCUUCAAGAAACCAUCGAUGCUUUUCAUCAAAGGCAUGAAACCUUCAGAAAUGCAAUUGCAAAGGAUAAUGACAUUCACUCAGAGGUUUCUACUGCUGAGCUAGGGAAAAGAGCCCCAAGAUGGAUCCGAGAUAAUGAAGUGACAAUGUGUAUGAAAUGUAAAGAACCUUUCAAUGCACUGACACGAAGGAGGCAUCAUUGUCGAGCAUGUGGAUAUGUGGUUUGUUGGAAAUGCUCCGACUACAAAGCUCAACUUGAAUAUGAUGGUGGUAAAUUGAGCAAAGUUUGUAAAGACUGUUAUCAAAUCAUAAGUGGAUUCACAGACAGUGAAGAAAAGAAAAGAAAAGGAAUUUUAGAGAUUGAAUCAGCAGAAGUAUCUGGAAACAGUGUGGUGUGCAGCUUUCUUCAGUAUAUGGAGAAGUCAAAACCUUGGCAGAAAGCUUGGUGUGUGAUCCCCAAGCAAGACCCUCUUGUGCUGUACAUGUAUGGUGCCCCCCAGGACGUCAGAGCCCAGGCCACCAUUCCACUUCUGGGCUAUGUGGUGGAUGAAAUGCCAAGGAGUGCAGACCUGCCACACAGUUUCAAACUGACCCAGUCUAAGUCCGUGCACAGCUUUGCUGCAGACAGUGAGGAACUGAAGCAGAAGUGGCUGAAAGUCAUCCUUUUAGCUGUCACAGGUGAGACACCAGGUGGUCCAAAUGAGCAUCCAGCCACCUUGGAUGAUCAUCCUGAACCUAAGAAAAAAUCAGAAUGCUGAACUCCUCCAGGACCAGCCACGGUGUGGAGGUCUCAGGACUUACAGCUCAAGACAUUCCCAGCUCUUCUUACACAUCUGCUAGCACUUUAUGUUGAAAAAUAUAGGCUCAUAAAUGCAUCUUUUGAGGACUAUUUUCCUAUGUUUAUGUACUCUUAGUGAAAUUAGUGUGCAGAGUCAUUCUACCGAUAAAGUUUUGAAAUAAUGUGAAAACUGGAGCAUUUUUUGAGCUAUUCCUUGAAUAUGUGCUUUUUUGUCUUGAAGAAAUGGUGUAUCAAUUGAUUCUGUCACCGUCAGGUUAGAAUGAGCACUUCCAUUUAAGAAAUCCUUUCAUGUCUUCUUCUCUUUCACAUGUAGGACCUGGAACAGUUUGAAAGAUAUACCUCCAUGUUGCCAAAAUAGAUCCAUGGUGAAAAAUACAGGGACAGUUGAGGCUAUUGUAUUAACUUAUUUAAUUUAGUUUAUAAAUCUCUAGCUGCAUAAAUGAUGUCUGUUCUUUUAAAACAAAAGAAAAAGGACAAAUUGUUGGUGUUCAGAUUUCCGAUUUAUGAAGAAAAGAUAACUUGUUUUUGUAGAAAUACUCCUAAGAAUGUCUUAAGUAUAUAGCAAUUAUGUAUAUAUAGUAUUAAAUAUAUAUAUUAUACAUGCUUUUAGGUUCACAUUCAUCUCUAAUUUAUUUUUUAAAUAUAAAGCAUGGUUUAUCGUGGAAUUGAGCAAUGUUCUAAACUGAAGAAAUGUUUUGGUGAUUUAUGUUUUGCUGAUUGGCAUUUGAGGGUAUUGAUAUUUUUAUAAUAAGCGGUAAUUUAUGUGGCAUGGGAUAUAUUUGUGAAUUCCAACAGUACUUUUAAAGUACCAUUUUUUGUUUCUGUGCCUAUUUAAAACAGUGCCUCUCUUAGAAGGUGCUAUUAAUACAAGAUGAGGGUUCAGUUAAUGCUUCAGUCUUGAUUAUUCUAAGAUUAAAGUGCAUUUUGGUCACUGGGACAGUCAAAGUCAUACAGGUUAUUUUACCGUUUACAAUCCUAUAAUUAUUGCAGUAGUUAACAUCAGCAUGUACAAAAAUUUUCACCAAAACCCAAACUUUAUGAGACACCUGACCUUUUACAGAACUAGGAUAUGUGGAAAGCACAUUUAUCGUAAUGUUUUUCUUUUCCGUAAGAUAAUCGAGCAUGGUUAAAUAAGGUCUCUAUAUAAUGAACACUUAAGAUAACUGUAUGGGCCUUUUCCUUUGUCGGAAUGAAACAAAAUCCACAUGUGAUAACCUAUGUUUGGGGUGGGGGCUGGUCACAUGAUUCCUUGUCAUAAAGGCUGCUCUUCACUCUUUUGUACUUGUGAUUAAAAUCUCACACUAAGUUUACUAUUUAACUUAAUCCUUUUUCUCAAAUUAAACCUUUUUUUAUACUGUCA